AUGUUUGACAAUUGACGGAUUGUUGAUUGUGGUUGGUUGCUUGGUGUUGCUGUCGGUUUGGUGAUGGUGGCUCACGGUGUCUUAUUAGAUCGCCGUGUUAGAUUAUUACAGAUGUGAUGAAGAGUCGUCCUUGUUAAUACCAGAAGAAUUUCAAGUUGUUGGUUGUUUAAGUGUUUGCGAAGUGGUAACAAUGUACUAAGCGACUUUCUUAUGCCUGCGACGAACAAAGAACAAUGGGGAGUUACGCGAAGGCUAUUAUGACAGGUUUUAUAUGCAGGUUAUGUUCAGAACAGAAGAAAAAAGUCAUUCAUUUAUACAGCGGUAAAGCGAAGAAGCUAGCGUUGAUGAAAAAAAUCAAGUUAUUACCUAUAACUAUUGACAAAUAUGACAAUUUGCCAAAGACUGUGUGUGAACAGUGCAUUGAGAGAUUGGAAAUUCAGUAUAAUUUGGUACUCAAAAUAAAAAAGAGUAAUGCAAUACAACGUAGUCAUAGAUUGUUUCAUAGUAAUGGUCGUUGCCCCGUGGAGUGCCCUUUGCACGGCAUACACGACUCAAAUUGGGCUGGUUUGGAUACCGACGAAUUAUGAUUAGUAAAUGUAAUUUAAUGUUCUGUUACUGCUGGUUAAACUUUUUGUAAUUGUGAUUUUUUUCCUUUAUUAAAUAAAGUGGUGUAAAUAUAGUA